AUGGACGCCGCGCGCGCCGCCGUCCGCCUGCACGUGCGCGAGGCCGCGCGCGCCCUGGCGGCCCCCGAGGACGAGGCCCGGCUGGCCGCCGCCCUGGCCGCCCCGCGGCGCUACCUCGGGCUCGCGGCGCCGCCCGCCCCGCGCGCCGAGCGGGAGGAGUUCGCCCGCGCGCACCUCGCCGCCGUGCUGCGCGGCCUGCUGCGCGCGCUGCGCCCCGGCCGGCCGCGGCUGGAGGAGCUGGGGGCCGGCUUCUUCCUGCGGGGCCCGGCCGGCCCGGCGCUCCUGGCGCUCCUGGAGGCCGUCCGCGACGCCGCCGGCCCCAGCUUCCAACUGACGAAGACGGCGCAGCUUUUGGCCAGGUUCCUGGGGGCCGGCAGGAUGGCCGCGGUGAUGGAGGAGCAGUGCCGGCAGCCGGAGGACCCGGCCUUCCCCCUGCUCCAGGACACGCUGGUCACCCUCAUGGUGGGCCUGCCCGAUCGCCUGGGCAACCGCCUGCAGCAGGAGAACCUGGCCGAGUUCCUGCCCCAGAGCUACUUCCCGCUGCUGGGCAAGGAGGCCGUGUGUGCCCUGCAGGCCGUGGUGGACUCCCUCCGCGGCGGCUCCGACUGCUCCGUGUCCUUCGUGUCCCAGGUCCUCGGGAGAGCCUGUGUCCACGGGAGGCGCAAGGAGGUGCUGGGCGUGAUGGUGCCCCGGCUGGCAGCGCUCACCCAGGGUAGCUGCCUCUGGCAGCGGGUCUGCUGGCGGCUGGUGGAGCAGGUGCCGGAUCGGGCCAUGGAGGCCGUGCUGACCGGGCUUGUGGAGGCCGCCCCUGGGCCCGAGGUCCUGUCGCGUCUGCUGGGGAACCUGGUGCUGAAGAGCAGGAAGGCCCAGUUCGUGAUGACCCGGAAGCUGCUGCUGCUGCGGUGCGGAUACUCGACACCCAUGCUGCGGAGCCUGUUGGGGUACCUGGCCAUGGACAGCCAGCGGCGCCCUCUCCUUGUGCAGGCGCUGAAGGAGCUGCUGGAGACGUGGGGCAGCAGCAGCGCCGUCCGCCACGCGCCCCUGGCACAGCAGCGCUACGUCAGCGCGGCCGUCCUGCUCUGCCUUGUGCAUCUCAGGGAGGCUGAGCUCCGGGACAGCCGGGCGGAGCUGCUGGCCAGCCUGAUGGCAGGAGUGAAGUGUCGCCUGGACAGCAGCCUGCCCCCCGUGCGCCGCCUGGGCAUGAUCGUGGCCGAGGUGGCCAGUGCCCGGAUCCACCCCGAGGGGCCGCCCCUGAAGUUCCAGUAUGAGGAGGACGAGCUGAGUCGCGAGCUACUGGCUCUGGUCCCUGCCCAGCCUGGGGGCGACGGCCCUCCGGAGGCCAGCCCGUCGACCGCUCCGCUCGCCGCAGAGACCCCGGACACAGAGCCCGCGGGCGGUGGCGACCCCCAGGCGCGGCUGGAGGGCUCAGAUGCGGAGCUGGACAGCGACGACGACCUGGUCCCCUACGACAUGGCGGCCGACGGGGAGCUGAGGAGCAGCAAGGCCCCCGCGUACGUGCGGGACUGCUUGGAAGCCCUGACCGCGUCCGAGGACUGGGAGCGCUGGGAGGCGGCCCUGCGCGCCCUCGAGGGGCUGGUGUCCAGGAGCCCGACGGCCACUCGGGAGGUGAGCGUGGAGCUGGCCAAGGUGCUGCUGCACCUGGAGGAGAAGACCAGCGUGGCGGGAUUCGAGGGCCUGCGCCAGAGGGCCCUGGUGGCCGUCACGGUCACGGACCCGGCCCGGGUGGCGGAGUACCUGACCUCGCAGUUCUACGCCCUCAACUACAGCCUGCGGCAGCGCAUGGACGUCCUGGACGUGCUGGUGCUGGCUGCCCAGGAGCUCUCUCGCCCCGGGCGCCUGGCGGGGGCUCCCUGCAGCGGCCCCCCGGCGCCUGCCUCCCAGCCUGGCGGCCCCGUGGCCCCUGCCUGGCGCGCGGUGGUGGACGAGCGGAUCAGACGGAAGACCCGGCGCUUCUCCCAGGGUCCUGCCAGGCGGGCGCCGGCCGGUGGCCCCAGCGAGUUCCACCUGGUGGUCGGCUAUUUCUUUUUUCCCCUCAUUCAGCGCUUUGACAGGCCACUGGUGACCUUUGACCUCCUGGGAGACGACCAGUUGGUGCUGGGGAGGCUGGCCCACACCUUAGGGGCUCUCAUGUGCCUGGCGGUGAACACCACGGUGGCCGUGCCCAUGGGGAAGGCCUUGCUGGAGUUCGUGUGGGCCCUUCGUUUCCACGGUGACGCCUAUGUGCGCCAGGGCCUGCUGACCGCCCUCUCCUCUGUCCUGCUGAGCGUGCCUGCCCAGCGCCUACUGGGGGACCUGCCGGACGAGCUACUGGAGGCCGGGUGCUGGCUGGCAGGUGUGGCGGAGGAGGACCCCGACGAGGACUGCAGGGCGCUGGCUCUCAGGGCGCUGCUGCUCCUGGAGCGGCUGCGCGACCGGCUGCUCCCCGCGUCCCCCAGCGCCUGACCCGACGGCCUCUGUGGCCCACAGCCCUGCGGGUGGAGCCGGGCCCGGGGCCGCUUGCUGUCCUGCGCCCACCCCUUUCCCAAAAUAAAGCAAAGUGCCCAGGAGCCCCGGCUGCCCGUGGCUCUGCUGCGCCAGACACGGGCCACUGGGUAAAGCCUUUAUUGGGGCGCAGGCCCUGUCACCCCACAGGAGGGCACGGCCUGGGCAGUAGGGUGGCCACUCCCGACAGCCCGUUGGGCCCGGGGUCAGGAGCCGCGAUUCCUGCUGGCAGCGGCCUGUCCAGUCGUCCGGCCCUCAGGAGCGUCUGGGGCGCACAGCAGCGGGGCGGGGGCUGCCCACGGCUCCGCUGAGCGGGAGUGGGCCCAGAAGGGCCUCUGCGCGGCCUCAGGGCUCGCUGUCCACCUCCUCCAGCACCUCCUCGGCCUCCUCCUUGGGCCCCUCUGUGCUGCCAUGGCGGGUGGGCUCGGGCGUGGCACGUGCCGGCGGGAGGCCCAGGCCCUGGUGCACCGCGUCCACCGUCCGCUGGCUCACAUAGCAGGACAGGCUGGCGGAGGGCAGCCUCCUCCGCAUCUCCUCCAGGUACUUGUGGGCCUGGGUGGAGACAACAGUGGCCGCGGUUAGUGGUCAGCCCGCAGCGAUGGUCCACGAGCCGAGAACAGCACGUUCAGGACUGGGGUGAAGCGGGAGGGACUCUCGGCCCAUGGGCAGCUCCCGGAGGGCGGCCAGCAGCCGGG